AUGCUCCUUCUGUAUCUAUCCUACGCUUAUCUAUUCAUCUCCUCAGCCGUCACGGUUGCUAAUGCCGCCGCCGGAAAAAGCAUUUUCCUCUUGGCCGGCCAGAGCAACAUGGCCGGGAGAGGCGGUGUCGUGAAUGACACCUGGGACAACUACGUCCCACCGGAAUCUUCGCCGGACCUCGCCAUCCUCCGUCUCAGUGCCGACCUCAACUGGCAGCUGGCGACGGAGCCUCUUCACCGAGAUAUCGAUACUAAUAAAGUGUGUGGUGUUGGGCCUGGGAUGGCGUUUGCGAGUUCGUUGUUGCGAAAGGACUCGAGUGUUGGGGUGGUGGGGUUGGUCCCUUGUGCAGUUGGAGGGACUAAUAUUAGCGAGUGGGGUCGUGGCGGGGAUCUUUACAAGCAGUUGAUACGGCGGGCGGAGGCGGCGUUGGAGGUUGGUGGCACCGUCCGUGGGUUGCUGUGGUUUCAAGGAGAGAGCGAUACGGUUAGCCGAGAAGACGCCGAGUUGUACAAGACCAGGCUGCAAAAUUUCAUCCUUCAUGUGCGUGCCGAUCUCCUUUUGCCCGUUCUUCCCGUAAUUCAGGUGGCACUUGCAUCUGGAGAAGGACCAUACAUAGAGAUGGUAAGAGAAGCCCAACUGGGGAUGGACAUGGUCAACCUACGGACCAUCGAUGCCAAGGGUCUGAACCUGGAACCAGAUGGGUUGCACCUCACCACACCAUCUCAAGUAUCUCUUGGCAACAUGUUAGCCAAUGCCUUCAUCCAGACCAGACCUUCUGCCAUCAUCACACCUAACACUGCUUCAACAAUCAUGUCCCAGAACUUCCUUACACAUUUUUUGUCUCUGCUACUUUUGGUAAUUAAUGCUUCUUUUUUGUAA